CUGCGCCCCGCGAUCAAUAACGACUAACCUCAUAACAACUUGAAAAAUUUCUACAAAAUAAUCACCAUCGAUUGAACUCCAUCGCUACAUUGAGGCAUCAGAAAAUCUAUAUCGUUGUUGAACAGUGUAUGGCAAGUAAUGUAAUUACUAAUUAGUGAAGACUAAAUAUGUACCAAAGUAUUGUUAAUAGAAAUUUAUUUUUAUGUGUGUGUGAUCGAUGAGUUGAGUGCGCCAUGACGUCCCUAAAACAUGGAGUCAAUUUGAGCAGACGCGCGUGCAGGCGGGCCCUCGUGCUGUGGGCAGCAGCGAUUUUAUUACCGAUUGUACACGCCACACCUAUUGAGAGCACUACGAGACAAAGUCCGUCCAUUAUCGAUGAGAGCUCCACAUUCCCGGGACUUGGGUUCGGGCCCAUGGGUCCUGUGGUGCCGCUUCCCGGCGAGCCGCUUGGCACCCAAUUGCGACAAAACCAGGAGACCACCACUGAUUUACCGGCCACCAUCAAGCCGAAGAAAGAAAGAACUUUCGUGAUCGCUGCAUUUGAAUUCCACAGAGUGGAGACGCCAUUUUUGAUCGGCCUGUGGAUCUUUUUUGCAAGUAUUGCAAAAAUUGGUUUUCAUAUGGCACCGAGAUUUUCGAAGAUGUUCCCCGAGUCAUGUCUAUUAAUCUUCGUUGGGGUAUUAAUUGGUGCGUUGUUGUUAAGCACCCAUAGCGUGCACGUACAACCGUUGACGCCUGACACAUUCUUCCUCUACAUGCUACCACCGAUCAUUUUGGAUGCUGGAUACUUUAUGCCCAACAGACUAUUUUUCGAUCACCUCGGAACUAUUUUAUUAUUUGCAGUAGUUGGGACUGUUUUUAAUACUUUAACUAUCGGUGCAUCUUUAUGGGCCUGUGGUCAAACUGGAAUGUUUGGAUGCAAUACUCCACUACUCGAUAUGCUUCUAUUUGGUGCUCUCAUCUCAGCGGUAGAUCCAGUUGCCGUCCUGGCUGUUUUCGAAGAGAUCCAUGUUGAUGAGGUCUUGUAUAUAGUAGUUUUCGGCGAAUCACUCCUAAAUGAUGCCGUCACCGUGGUUUUGUAUCAUAUGUUUGAAGCUUACACGGAGAUGGGUCCUUCCCGUCUGAUGUACACCGACUUCCUAGCUGGCUUGGCCUCAUUUCUAGUAGUCGCGUUGGGAGGUACUUGCAUUGGUGUUGUUUGGGGUUUCGCCACGGGCCUUGUUACACGAUUCACACACGAAGUCCGUGUCAUCGAGCCCAUUUUUAUCUUCGUCAUGGCAUACUUAGCGUAUUUGAACGCUGAAAUGUUCCAUAUGAGUGGAAUACUUGCGAUAACAUUUUGUGGUAUUACCAUGAAAAAUUACGUAGAGGCGAAUAUAUCGCACAAAUCUCACACAACAAUCAAGUACACAAUGAAGAUGUUAUCGUCCUCGUCGGAGACUAUCAUCUUCAUGUUCCUUGGUGUUGCCACAGUGAAUAACAACCACGAUUGGAACACGUGGUUUGUGUUGCUCACCAUUGUUUUCUGCUCAAUCUUUCGGAUUAUAGGCGUGUACAUAUUUAGUGCAGUAGCUAAUAAGUUUCGAUUACACAAACUAAAUAGGGUCGAAAAAUUUGUUAUGUCGUACGGAGGUCUGCGAGGUGCGGUUGCUUUUGCAUUGGUGCUAUUAAUAGAUCCUGAAGUGGUGAAGCUUCAACCUAUGUUCGUCACCACCACUAUAGCAGUAAUAUACUUUACGGUAUUCAUACAGGGUAUCACGAUUAAGCCCUUAGUCAAAAUACUAAAUGUUAAAACAGCAGAGAAGAGGAAGCCGACCAUGAAUGAAAGGAUACAUGAAAGGUUUAUGGACCACUUGAUGGCAGGUGUAGAGGAUAUCUUAGGUAAACACGGUAAUCAUCACAUGCGUGACAAAUUUAAGAGAUUUGAUAAUCGAUUUAUUAGGCCGUUUUUACUUAGAAAUUAUCAGGGUGCAGAACCAAAAAUUUUGGAAACUUACUCAAAAUUAGCUAUGAAAGACGCUAUAGAGUAUAUGCAAAGAAACGCUUCAACAAUUGGUAACAUAUCUGGCGCCGAAUCGAUGUCAGCUAUAUUUAAAAAUUAUACGAAUGCAAACUUAAAUGGAAGUCCAAGCUUUAGUCAACUGGACUCCUCAACAUGGAAUAUAGAUAUGCAAGAAUUGGAAUAUAAUCCAUCUAAGAAAGACUUAACUGAUGCCAAAAUUCAUCACUUGUUAGCCGAGGAAUUGUGUAAACCCUUUAGACGUCAUCGGCGACUCAGCUACAGCCGUCAUGCUGUAAAUGAUAGGGACCUCGGUAUUCAGCAGGUGAACUACAAGACACAUAUGAACAUACGACGGCGUGUUGGCGAUCGAAAGCAUCACCAUAAACGCAGUAAACGUGGAAAGCAGGAUGGCAAAAACCAUGUCACUUUCCCCGAAUUCCAGCAAAAUGGUUCGGCUAAACAGUUCACGCACGGUAAAAAAAAGUAUUAUAGAUUAGACUACAUUGACGAGGUGCUGCAGGAGGACUGUGAGGAGCGGGAACCUCGCCGGGAAGGCGAUGAUGGCGGUAUUACAUUUACUGCCAAAUCCCCGCCUGGAUUUAAAGAAGUCAGUCCGACGUCCUCACAUAAAGAGAAUAGUAGUUCGCUUUUAAACCAGUUGGCUAACCUGCCUGGAUUCAAUCCUUUGAAAGCGAGAAUCGUUAAACAAUAUGCUAAAACACCUGAAGAGAUACUGCCGACAGCUGUUGAGAAAUCCUUACCGUGGAGAAGGGACAGAUCCACGUAUAAUUUUGUGCCCAAUGAGGAUAUCCUUGAAGAGGACGAGAGGAGAAUGUCGGAUGAAAACGACACGUACAUGACUGUGGCGGAAACAGCACGGGUCGCCACCCCUACUGCUACGGAGACCAUGUUGCCAUGGAAACGAGAGGAGGCAGAGGGUUCCGGCGCACUCAAACAAUCCGAGUUCCCGUCGUGGGCAUCCAACAAAGAAUAUCUCGCUUAUAGCUCCCCCUCGGCUACUUUCCUAGGUGGUAUAGAGAAGCCAAAACAUCCAAAAUCUAUCAUAGGUCUCUUCAGAAGAGAGAGUUCUGGCUCGGCGCAGGGGGCUAUGGAGGCUGCAGCAUCAGACUCUGAUGGAGGGAGUAGGGGGGAGAGCAGCAAGGCAGAUACAUUAUCUAACAAAGGAGAGAGUACAGGACAAUUGCGACCAGGACCUAGUAUGCUAUCUAAGAGGAGCACCAGCCUUGGAGGUCCUUCAGUGCUGCUGAUGGAGGACGUCGCUCACUCCGACCCAUUGGGUGCAUCGUCUCGCCCUGCCAGCAUAAUGCAAGGGCCGCAUCGAGGACAAUGCAGGCGGGGGUCAAUGUUGGAAUUAACUGGAUCCUUAUCUCGCGAUGCCAUCACAGAGGAAAAGUGCAGUAAAUCAUUACCAGAAAGCGAACGUAUGGGAGUUAGGCGGCUACCACUCGGGCAGCAAAGUCUACCACGGGAGCCUUUUAUUCGCCAACUCACCAUGGCGUCCACACUCCUCACUAGUUCAUCUUCCGACGAAUCUUCUGACGAAAACACCUGAGUACCCCGUCGUGGUGACCCGGACAGGUUACCACUUCUGAAAUACAGAACCCUAGAGUAAAGUGAAUAGACAUUGAGUGUAAUAAACAGUUUCUAAACAGUGCUGUGAAUUUGUGGUGUUGUUUAUUAAAUUAGCUCUAAUAAAUUGACUUAAAUGCGCGUUAAGCACAACUUAAUUGUGUAUAUACAAACAAUCACCUUUGAUAAAAUACACAAUUAAUUACACAAAUUGAAUGUUUAUGAAAAUACCAUUAAUUAAUUGAAUUGAAUUAAGUUAAUUUGUGUUUGGUUAUAUAUGUAUUUAAUUCUAUGUUUUAGAUCUAACAUUAUUUCAGUCUGUUAACAUCUUUCCUCAGUGAAUUUAUUAUUGAAAAUCAUUAAUUUACCUACUAUAUAUAUGUAUAUCUAAUUUGACUUUUAGAUAGAUUAUUUUUGUAUGAUAUUCUAAAGUAAGUAUUUGAAUGAUGCUGAUAAUAUAUUACUUAUCAAUAUUAUAGAUAUUUUGUUAAUUUUAAAUGGCCAUUGUUGCUAAUGACAAUAUAAAAAAAUUGCCCACAAUGUAAUGUAGAUAGGUAUAUAUAGUUUUUUAGUUAGGGCAAUUUAUAAUGUAUUUUAAGUGUCACAUAUAAAUAUUUAAAGCAUCUACACGUGACAAGACUGGGCCUCCAACCGAACCGUCAGGCCAAUCUGUUGGGCUGAUAUCAUGUACUGUUUCAAUAUAUGUAUAUCAACUAUGCAUUCAUCUGCCGACCCCAUUCUUUUCAGCUUGUAUUGUCAGAUCGCAUUAUGCCACACCAUUUAAUUGGGCCUUAAGAAUUUGUGUAGAUCCAACACAUGGGCACUAACCCCCUCCGAGCGAUAAUCAAAAUCCUUACGGGGAUCGAAAUUUCGACAGCCUGAGCCGAGGCUCGAACUCCUAGCGGUGCCUAAACUCAGGCUUAAGACGUAUCCGUCAGGCGGGAGUUGGCCUUCAACCUCUCCAUAAGUCCUUCCGCGGGUUUAGAGUGCCAUCUGCUACCCCCUAUCGUUCGGUGAAGCUGUAAAGGUCGGCUGUGGCCGAGGGCUUUAAAAAAGUCCGAAAAAGAAAGCAUCGGCUCUAAUAAAUGACUGUCAAAUCAUGUCGUGUGUAGGUUCUUUGACUCUUACUUUUUAUACUUUUUUUUUAAUAAUAUGAUAUACUUGUGGUUUUAUUAUUCCGUAGUUAAAAGUGUAGAGAAUAGAACUAAAUGAAUACCUUUUUUUAAGAGGUGUUCUAUGUUUAGACUGCUGUUUUAACGUAGAUAUAUACAGUUGUUUUUGCAUUCUAGAUAACAUUAAAAUAUCUUUAAAAUCCUAUAGAACAACAUUUACUGAAUUUAAAAUAUAUCUAUACUAGCUUUCGAAGCAAAAGAAUUUUCAAAUUACUGCUGUGUAUAAUUGUAAUAUGAAUAUCCAGGGAUUGCAAUAUAUACCUCUCAUAAUAUACUGCUAGUCUGUGUUAAUUACUAUAAAUAUGCAAAAUGAAUAUUGAACACCUAUCUUGCACUUUACCCAGGUAUAUAUGGUAAAAUAAAUAGGUAUAAAACAAAUCAAGGUAACGGCCCAUAAAGAUAUUCAAAUACAAGCUGUUUAUAGAAUCGUGAUUAAGUUAUGAACAUCUAAACAUUUUUUACAAAUUGUUAUAUCAACUUAUUUAUUUAUUUUUUGCCUAAAUUUACUAUUUGCAAUAUAUUUACCUACUGUAGUGUAGGUACACUUCAGGGAUGGAUGGAAUAUCGUAUAUUUAGUAAUAGCUAACAACACUUCUAAUAAAUACUUCGAAAUAAAUCACAAAUGAAUUUCAUUACUGCAAAUUAUUUUAGUGCCAAUUUUAUUUAAAUAAGUAGCUAUAAUAUGUACUGGAAAAUAUAAUAUUAUAUAGAGGUGCUUAGGAAAUUAUAACUAUAGGCUUAUUUAAAACAGACAGAUGUCCUGACUACUUCAUUUAUAGUUUUAUCUUAAAAGUACGUAAAUUAAUUCUGACUACAAUUAACGUCGGCCCCAGCAGUAAAAUAUAUCAGUCUAAAAUGAAGUUACACGUACAUCCGGCCUAUCCUGACAUAACCGGGCCUAAAAAUAAUUAAACAGCGUUGUCAUGUGUGCUAUUAUAUAUAUUUAUAUAACUAGUACAAUUCUAUAUUACAUAACAUUUGUUUAAUUUUAUUACUUAGUUACAAAGAUUAGAUAUGCAUGUAAUUAGAUUUUCAUCUUUUACAUAUACCUAGUUUAUUCCAAGAUUAUGCAGUUACUAGCAUCCACAGAUAAUAUGAUGACCAUUUUUAUCAAUACUACUAAUCUCACUAAACACACAAGUGCUGAUAGCAUAUACCAAAAGGUGUUAUGUUCUGCCCGUUCCUUACCCAUAACAAUAAGCGCCAACAGGAUUUUUUAAAUUCUUUGUUAAUCUGUCAUUCACAAUUGGACAUCAAUGUUUUCGGUAUUGAAAUAAUUAGAUAUAAAGCUUUUAUGAUAAUAAUAAUGUUAAAUAGUUAGUAAGAUGAUGUAACUGUUUCUAAAACAAACUUAUGGAAAUGUAUAUAUAAUAUUUGUCCCGUUUGUAAGUAAUUAGUACAAUAAUAGUUAGUAGGUAUUUAAUUGAUGGAUAUAGAUAUUUUGUUUAAAAUCUAUUUAUUGAAUUGGAUCCAUAUACUUUUGAUGUUUGUAAAAAAUAUGUUCGUAUAACUUUUCAUCUAAACCUCUUAGAUCUAGUGCUUGUUUUAUGUCAGAUGCAUAUAGAUGACUUUUGACGGAAUUCGGUGCUAAAAACCAUGCUAUGCAUCUGACUUGGAACUGAAAUAUUUUCUAGUUAUUAAUGAAUAAUACAUUAAUAAUAAUAAUAUUUUGUGAAUCUAAUAUGGAAUUUGUAGUAACUUAUUGCAUGUACUUAGUCCACACCAGCAUAAUUUGUCGUAAUCUUUACAUCAACGUAAUGCUUUCGUGCAUUUUCAUAGCAUGCACAAUUUUGAUAAAUAUACAUACAUAUGUGUCCCCCUCGACAAAGUAACGAGGGUUGUGAUAUUGUAUAUAAGUACAUAAUAAUUACAAUAAGAGUUGCUUAUUCAGUAUACUUUUAUAAUUAAUUGUUGAAAUUGUACAUAAUAAAGAUACAACAUCGACAAUAGUAUAGUUAGUGUGUUUUAUGUUAUCAUUGUUUGUCGAUUGGGAUGUAUACCUAGCAGAAGUAGUUAAUUUGGGCGGAUAGGAAUAGGAAUUUAUAACUUUACCAUAGAGAAAAUCUUAGAAAUACUUCUCUUAUUUUGUGAAUGAACUCUGGUCUCUUUAUUGGUUGAUAUCAAAUACUGAAUUCCGUUUUAAAUAUCAUAUUUUAUUUCAUUGUACGUACCUAUACUGUAUAAUUACACUUGGCAUGUAACUCGCUUGGAAUUAUCUAUAUCUAUAAAAUCGACAUCAUGUAACGUUAUGUAACUGAAAUGUAUUAAUAGCAUGUCAAAUUGUGUUAAUAAUUAAAACACCAUCAUUUUGACACUAAAUAUCGCUGUAAAAGUAGUAAAUAGUGUAGUAACUUGAUGAACUAUGCGUAUGUAUUUAACGUACUUAUUAAAUAUGAACGGAAAUAAGAGGAACUUUAUCAUCACAUUCUACAAAGGAGAGUAUAUAUAUAUAUACCUACCAAUUUGAAAGGAUAUCAAUGUUCAUACAAAGCAGACUCAGUAUUAGAAAACCAAAUAGUAUUAUGUAAUUAAGUAUCUGUAAAACUAUUUAAUAGUUUAAUCUCAUGCAAUAUCAUUAUGGAAGCUUUUGUAAGAAUAUGGCGUGUCAAUUGAAAAUAAUAGUGCCUAUAUUCAACACGUUAUUAUAAAAAUGUAGUUGACACUUACGCAAUGAUCGAGUGUGCGAAAAAUAUUGUUACCAUACAGUUUUAGCAUUGACAAGAACUUCUGAACUGCCUAGAGGUAUAACAUUCUAAAAUUUUUAUGUAAGUUUUAUAGAAAAAAAAUAGAAUACAGCUAACACGAAUUGGAAACUGUGAAUCUAUAGAUCAUUUUGAUGUAGGUACUAAGUACAUAGUGAAUGUCAGUUAGAAUUUGGUGAAAUAUUUUUCUUAUUGAUCUCUUCAUCCUGUAGAUUUUUUUAUAGAGCAUUUUGUUAUAGGUAAUAAAUAAGAUUAGGGGCUGGUGAAAUAUUUUAUUAAAGAUCUCGUAUGCGACAUACCUGUUCUUUCUUUUCUUAAUAAGUAAGUAUAGAUUUUCCCUCCACCCUUCUUAUAUGAUAUACCUACAACAUAAUUAAAGAGAAACUUUAUGACUUGCAAUUUUCAAUAAAACUAAAUACUUUGGAUUAGUACUAUUUUGUUUAUUUCCGCACUCAUUUAAGUUUGUAUUCACAUGUUUGAAACCAAAUAUAUUCUGUGCGGGAAUUUUAACCG